UUUCUUACAUUACAAACCAAAAAUAAAAAAUGGGCUUGUCGGGCAAAUUAACUGCAGAUGUUCAGAUAAAAUCAGGAGACUUGUUUCAUAAAGUAUAUAGGGACACUCCACACAAUGUGUCAAGCAUGAGCCCUAAUAUAGUACAAGGGUGCGAUCUUCAUCAAGGAAAUUGGGGAACUAUAGGAUCUAUUAUCUGCUGGAGCUACACUCAUGAUGGGGAACAGAAAAUCGCAAAGGAGAUAGUUGAAGCCAUAGACGACGAACAAAGGUCAAUAACAUUGAAAGUCAUUGAAGGACAUCUGAUGGACUACUUUAAGAGCUUUAAAAUAGGAAUACAUGUGGACACAAAGGGCGAAAUCCACUUGGUGACAUGGGUUCUAGAGUACGAGAAAUUACACGAGGAUGUCGAAGAUCCAGUCUCGUUCCUCUCUCUUUUAAUCAAGGUCACAAAAGAUGUCGAGACUCAUCAUCUUAAAAACUAAAGUUAAUACUAUAA